AUGCCGUUUCUCCAACGACCAGCGAUGAGCAACAGGCUCAUUCCACCGGUGAGUCUCGACACCCGACUGCCUUCGAUUUCGACGAUGAAUGAUCUUCACGAUCGAUUUGGGACGGGUCAAGUCCCGACCAAGGCAGAGUUGAAGGAGUGGAUCCAAACCGGCAACGUGGAGAGACUCUUUCACCUGGUGCUGCUGGGACAUGGGAGAUAUUUGGACUCGGCGGGCCGGGACCCGUCCGUCUGUCAUCCGAAAGCUCGGCGGUUCCUCGAGAGGGUCCCCGGGUACCUGGCGGACAUCGAGAAAUUGCGCGCGGCGGUGGCGGCAGGCGAUGCAGAAGAAGUCACGGAAAUCCUCGAUCGUCGAAGACUGGCGGCUUCCAGAGACGCCGACGGCGUGAUCCUCCUUCAGAAGGCGGUGCAGAACGGCUUCGAAGGUGUCGCCAAGUACCUGGCCCACGUGUACCCGGAAUCUCAUCGUGCACAGGACAAAGUGACGAAGGUGCUUGUCAGUUUAAAAAAAAGCAAUCAGAAGGAAAUGAGCCAGGCAACUGAAAGAAGACAGACGCGCCAGCGGCACGAGGCGGACUUUGUCACUCUCCCCCGACAGAGGGGGAAUCCUUGGAAUGGACCCAAAUAUAGCCCUAACGUCUCGAUGGCCACCAUAAGGCUUGGCCGCCGGAACACCCCACUCGCAGAAAUGCGCACACCUGACCGUGAAUUGCGAAGGGGGGUUCACAAUUUCCCACGCGCUGCGGAGCGACUUCGCAUUACUACGCCAAACCGUCCGAUGAAUCCUCACCGUAAAAUGCAACCAAUACAUUCUUCUACUCAACCAAUAGGCAACGAAGACAGAGACUCGGCCCAACCAAUAGGCAACGAAGACGAAGAGGCAACUCAACCUAUAGACAAUGAAGACAGAGACUCGGUCCAACCAAUAGGCAACGAAGACGAAGAGGCAACUCAACCUAUAGACAAUGAAGAUAGAGAGUCAACUCAACCAAUAGACAAUCAAGACAGAGAGUCAACUCAGCCAGUAGGAAACGAAAACAGAGACUCGGCCCAACCAAUAGGCAACGUAGACGAAGAGGCAACUCAACCAAUGGACCAUGAAGACAGAGAGUCAUUUCAACCAAUAGACAACGAAGACAGAGAUUCGACCCAAACUGAUCGAGAUGAAAGACAGGAAAACGAGUUGGUCCUCGCGAUAAAGAAGUUAAGAGCCUUAGAGCAGGCCGUCAAGCACGAGGGUGCAAAGAAACUGUGGGAAAUUCUGUCCCAGGCGAAAGCCACCAUCCAGGAAGUCGUCGAUGCCGAUGCGAUCCCUCUACUCGUCGGGCUGCUGGAAGUCGACGACUAUCAAAAAACCCAUUUCGAGUCGCUGAGGAUCCUGAGAAUCAUCUUGGCAGGGAGUUCCAUUCAGGCGAAGGCGGUCGUGGAUGCCCGUGCCCUCCCGCAGUUCAUCCGACUCCUGGAAUCUUCGGACGAACUGGUGGUCGAACAGGCGGUGUGGGCCUUGGGAUGCGUCUUCGCGGACGGUCCGGAAUUGUAUGAGAUGGGCGUGGAGUCGGGGGCCGUGGAAUGCCUCCUCAACAUUUCCUAUUCCAAUGUUGUCAUUUAUGAGAGACUGGCAUGGACGGUUAACAAUAUCUUCUGUCGCCCGCAUAAUCUGUCCAGAUUUGUGAAACCUGCCUUGCCUGUCAUCAAGUCACUCAUGGGCCUUGGCGAGGAAAAGAUCCUCAUGUAUUCUUUGGAGGCCCUCAUGCAUUUCACGGGAUCGGGGAAAACCCGGGACAACAUAAGGCUAGUGGUGGAUUUCAGGAUGAAUGAUGCGGAUUUCACGAAAUCGGGAACGGAGCAUUCCAGCUUCGUUCUCGACAUCGUGGCGUUCAUGCUGCACAGAAGCGAAGAAGUGAGCAGCACCGCCGUCUGCUUGGCCGAGAACGUGUCGCGCGGCGGCGCGGAUUACGUCCAAGCGCUGAUAGCAGCGGACAUUUUGUCGCAAGUCUACAAGAUGCUCUCGGAAGGGAAGGCCAGAGGAGUUCGGAAGAUUAGCAUCUAUCGCAUGCUGGCGAACGUCGCGGCGGGAAGUCAGAGCCACAUCCGGGAGAUCAUACACUCCAAGGUCUUUUCUCUCAUCCUGGAAGUCCUGAAGGACCGGACGGAACACCAUUCCUGCACGAAGGAAGCCCUUUCGGUCGUGUGGAAGGUCGUGGAGCGCGGGGACAGUGGCACUUUCAAACUUUUAGACCUCGAGGACAUCGUCGAGGCCCUCGACCAUCUCGCGGACGCACCCGGCGACGUCUUCGAAAUCGUCUGCAACAUCUUCGCGACCUUGAAGACCAAAGACAGAACGGGGACGGUGAUGGAAUCCUUGGAAAGGACCAAAAUCAUGGAGAGGAUGCAGAACGACCCCAAAGUCGUCCAUUCCAACUGGAACAGCAACACGGUCGAGAGAAAUUGCUGCACGAAUUGCGGCAACGUCAGCGGCAACAACUGCCGCGACUGCCUGCCCAUUCCGUCGGACUUGUUCGCGUGUUGCUUCGGUGCGUAG